UACCUAAAUGUCCCACUCGCUGAAAAAAACCAAAAGAAAAAAGAACUAGUCUCUACCUAAUGCAACCUACGUCGCCUCGCCGGUCAAAAGAACUAGUCUCUACCUAAGCAGCCGCGCUUACGCAUCAGGUCACAAAUCCUCGCGUGCAGGCACGGCAUCCUCGCACCAUUUCAAAUACACGCAUCGAGGAACCCCUGUUCCUCUACCACGCGCUCCCGUAGACAAAAGAGAGAUGGGACAUGAGGACGAAUGCCAGUGCAGACCAUUGGGUUUCUUGCUCGGAUUGCCCUUCGCCAUCCUCGCCUUGGCCCUCUCACUCAUCGGCGCUGUCAUCUGGAUUAUUGGAUCCGUGUUGAGCUGCCUUUGUCCGUGCUUCGUGUGCUGUGCGGGACUGGCGAAUUUGGCUGUGGAUCUUAUCAAAAUGCCCAUCAAGGUCAUACGGUGUUUCAUCGAGCAAAUCCCUUGUUAGGAAGCAAUCUGCUUUACUUUUUCCUGAAUUGUUCUCAUUCUUCUUUUUGAGAUCCACUAUAUAUUUAUGAGACUCUUUGUAUUUUUUUUCCCCCACAAAGUAAAAAAAAGCUAAU